AUGUCCCUUGAUGAACGCUUCAACGCAGCAGUGGCGAUAAUUCAAAACCUCCCUAAAGAAGGGCCAGUGAGCACGUCGAAUAGUCAAAAACUUGAAUUCUACUCACUUUUCAAGCAAUCGACCAUUGGGGAUGUGAACACAGAACGACCUGGCAUAUUCAGCAUAGUUGAGAGAAAGAAAUGGGAUGCUUGGAAAGCUGUGGAAGGGCUUUCGAAGGAGGAGGCAAAAAAGCGCUAUAUCGAGGUGUUGCUAGCAAUGUUCGACAAUAUUGAAAAGGUAAUUUUCUGUUCAGAGCCCUUUAAUAAACACCUCAAUCUUUAG